CCCCCCUCCCAUCGGAGUUUCAGGUGAAUGGGUCACGGAGGGAGGAGGCCGGCUGCGCCACACCUUGUCGCUCGUGCCCACCUCCCGCUCCCUCCUUCCCCAGGCGACGGCGGUGGAGUUGAAGGACAGCGGUCUAGCACACGACCGGACAGCCGGCUCGGGGCGCCGCAGGUUUGCUUAUCUCGGAGCCUUGAAGUCUUACUCAUCAUUAAGAUCCGGUGACCGGUGACAUCAGCCAUGUCUGUGAGGCCCUUUGAAAGUCCUCCUCCCUACCGACCUGAUGAGUUCAAACCCAAUCAUUAUGCACCAAGCAAUGACAUGUAUGGUGGAGAAAUGCACGUUCGGCCAAUGCUCUCUCAGCCAGCAUACUCCUUUUACCCAGAAGACGAAAUUCUUCACUUCUACAAAUGGACGUCGCCUCCGGGAGUGAUUCGGAUCCUGUCUAUGCUCAUUAUUGUGAUGUGCAUUGCCAUAUUUGCCUGUGUGGCUUCCACACUUGCUUGGGACAGAGCCUAUGGGACUGGCAUCUUUGGAGGAAGCCUAGGCUACCCUUAUGGAGGAAGUGGCUUUGGUGGCUAUGGAAGUGGCUAUGGCUAUGGUUAUGGCUAUGGUUAUGGCUAUGGAGGGUAUACAGAUCCAAGAGCAGCAAAAGGUUUCCUGUUGGCCAUGGCAGCCUUUUGCUUCAUUGCCUCCUUGGUAAUAUUUGUUACCAGUGUUAUAAGAUCUGGAAUGUCCAGAACAAGAAGAUAUUACUUGAUUGUGAUCAUAGUCAGCGUUAUCCUGGGCAUCCUGGUGUUUAUUGCCACAAUUGUGUAUAUAAUGGGAGUCAACCCAACUGCCCAGGCUUCUGGAUCUAUGUACGGUUCCCAGAUAUACGCCAUAUGCAAUCAGUUCUACACUCCUGGAGGUACCGGACUCUAUGUGGAUCAGUAUCUGUAUCACUACUGUGUGGUGGAUCCCCAGGAGGCUAUAGCCAUUGUCCUGGGGUUCAUGAUUAUCGUGGCUUUUGCUCUAAUCAUUUUUUUUGCUGUGAAAACCCGAAGAAAGAUGGACCGGUAUGACAAGUCCAAUAUUUUGUGGGAUAAGGAACAUAUUUAUGAUGAACAGCCUCCCAAUGUUGAAGAGUGGGUUAAAAAUGUGUCUGCAGGCACACAAGACAUGCCUCCACCGCCAUCUGACUAUGCGGAGAGAGUGGACAGUCCAAUGGCCUACUCCUCUAACGGCAAAGUGGACGGCAAGCGGUCAUACCCAGAGUCUCUCUAUAAGUCAGCACCAUUGGUUCCUGAAGUGGCCCAGGAGCUUCCUUUGACUUCUCCUGUGGAUGACUUCAGGCAGCCUCGAUACAGCAGCAGCGGUAACCUAGAGACACCUUCAAAGAGGGCUCCCACAAAGGGGAGAGCGGGAAGGCCGAAGAGAGCAGAGCCAGACCACUAUGAAACAGACUACACGACAGGCGGCGAAUCCUGUGACGAGCUGGAGGAGGACUGGGUUAGGGAAUACCCCCCUAUCACUUCUGAUCAACAACGACAGCUCUACAAGAGAGAUUUUGACACAGGUCUACAGGAGUACAAGAGUUUACAAGCUGAACUUGACGAGGUCAGCAAAGAGCUCUCUCGUCUGGACAAAGAACUGGAUGACUACAGAGAAGAAAGUGAAGAGUACAUGGCUGCUGCUGAUGAAUAUAACAGAUUAAAGCAAGUUAAAGGAUCUGCAGAUUAUAAAAGUAAGAGGAAUUACUGCAAGCAGUUGAAGAGCAAAUUGUCACACAUCAAGAGGAUGGUUGGGGACUAUGACAGACGGAAAACUUAGGCAGGCGCUGCUGUUGGAGAAAUGAGGCACAUCUGUCUGCCCGAAGUCUCUGCAUUUGUCUUCAGAGGCUAAGUGACUUUGGACUCUAAUCUGGGAAGUUAAAACUUUGUGAUCAGGACAAAGUUUCCGUAGCUUUAAUCCCAUCAGUUUCACGUCAUCAGGAUUGAAGCGUUUUACAAAUGGCUUUUGAUAAUCCACUGGGUCGAACACGCCAAUUAAAAAAGCUACAGUUUCAGCAUUGAUUCUUGUAAUUGAGAAUGAAAUGUUGGGGACUGUUGUGAACUUUAGCAUGCCAGACGAUGACGUCUUAAAACCAAAGUGUGUCCCUCCAGGGAGAGGCCAUCUCAUUAGUCAUCUCAACAGCCCUUCAGAUGACUGUUAUUUAUAAUCACUUUUCAGCUGGGGAAGUUGGGUCCCUGCCAUGAUAUCUCCACAGUGAAAUUGCUUGCUUUCCAAAGGUAGUUUUGGCUAAGUCUGUUUUAUGACUCUGCAAAUCUGUGUACAGUACAUUCCAUCGGUCAUCUUCCCGACUGUUGUUUUUCUUAUUAUAUUGACUUUAACAUAAAUGAUUAGGAUUAUUUUGACUUCACAUUUUUCCUGAUACUUAAGAUCAUGUAAAAUUAUCAAAUGUGUGAAAUUUAAAAACUGUAAAUAUAUAUUUACUUUUGAAAGAUCAUUUUAAAUCCAGGGCUAGAGUUUUGUGUAUUUUUAAAGUGCUUUUAAUCUUUGAUAGUUUACAUGCUUUUUUUUUUUUUUGUAACCCACUAGAUCUUUUCACUGUAUCAGAGUAUCCAAUUACAUUUAUAAUUAUGACUUGAAUUGUAUCUCACAGGAAUGUACAUAUUUUGUAAGGUAUUAACCCUAGUGUUGUCUUUCGUGUGCUUGUCUGAUGUCAUUAGUGUUGUAGUCAGCUGUGCAAAACUACACCCAAGCAUUUCAUUUGCGUGCACCAUCUUGGCUUUUGUGCUAGUUGAUAAUUCCUAGUCCUUGGGCAGUGAAAAUCUAAUCUGUCUGGAAAUGGGACAAUGUUCAUAGAACAGCCCUGUCUGUAAAUCCCAUGAUGUUCUUUAAAAAUUAAAAUUCUUGUUAGUGGCAUAAAGUUAAUUGACAAUACUACAUAAACCAAAUUGAUUGUGUACAUCCAGUCCCGUUUGGUCUAUUUAAAAAAAAUUUUUUUAUAUACCUUCUAGGCAUUGAAGUACGUGUUUUUAUGUGUACAAUUUUGAAUUAUUUUCCAAAGAUAAACUUCUAAAUGAUGUUUUUGUGCAGACAUGGUUCAAUUUUUUUCAAAUUGGAGAAAAAUUUUACUUUGUGUAUGCUAAACAUAAUACAAAAAAUAUUUUUAUAGUUGGAAUUGACACCCAGUAGAAAGGGCUGCCCGGCUACCUUCCCUGGCUUUACUGUAACUAACUCUUUGUUCUUGGAAAUCACUGCACUUUGUGUCGUUUUGUUUUGGACAGGGUUUCACCAGGUAGUUCAAGCUGGCCUUGAACUAACGAUUAGUUCAGCGUGGCUUCAGCUCUUCUGUCCUCACCUCCCAGGUGGUGGGUUACAGUUCUACUCCAAGCCUGGCUCCUGCUUAGGUUCAGAAGCCAACUUGGUGCCUUCACAAAGAAACUGUUUUGUUGAAUGAAGGACAUGAAGUGGCAGCAAUUAGAAAACUGUGCCAUAAAAUUAGAUGGUGGAAUAAAAGAAAUAAUUCUUUUACAGUGUGGUGCUACCUCUGCAGGCCUGAAGCCAGUGACAGGAUGUGUCUGUUGGUGCUGGUAUUAACUAGCUGGUUCCCACCUAGAGAAUCCUCUUGAUUGUUACGGCAGUUUCCGUAACAAAUCAUGGGGUUAGAGUGAACUUCAGAGGUUCCUUAUACAUGCUGACCCAUGGUUCUCAUACCUGCUUUCUGCUAAUAAACUGUUCUGGGGGGGGUAGUUUGCGAAAAUAUAACCCUUCUUAUAAAAGUUCCAUGGAUAAAGUGAUGCCUUAUGUGUGCGAUUUUAUUCUAAAAUUAAAAGUAUAUAGAAAAAAUGUUUUCCAUUUGAAAAGCUGAAAAAUUAGUAUAGACAUACAUGAACUCAAUGCCCAGAAAGAAGAGGUAAUACUGUUUUGUUUGUUUGUUUGUUUCUGAAACAGAGUUUCUCUGUGUAAUAACACCCCUGGCUAUCCUGGAACUCGCCUUGUAGAUCAGACUGGCCUAGAACUCUCAGAGAUCCACCUGCCUCUGGCUCCAGAGUGCUGGGAUUAAAGGUGUGCGCCACCCCUGGCUAGCAAUAAUGUUUUGUUACAUGUACUUUAUAUUUUUGAAAUAAAGUCUAGUAUUUACAAUAAA